AUGGAAAGUCAACAAGGACCUGAUGAAAGUAUUAUAAAAGAAUACUUAAAUAAUAAUCGGGAUUUAAUGAAAUUUCAGCGAGACUAUAAAAAUAUUUUAAAUACAAAAUUGCUAAAUAGAAAAGAAACCGUAUUUCAAAGAAGUCUACAAAAUAAUUUGGAAUAUACCGAUAAUGAUUUACUAAAAAAUGAAAUAUCUGUUUUAAAGAAGCAAUUGCUAACAGUCGAUAAAGAAAUUGAUGAAUUGAAAACAAAAACUUUAUCUGUUCAGGUUGAUGAAUCAAAAAUACAAAAAAAUUUAAAUAUUGUUCAAAAUCAAUUGGAAGUUCUUAAAAUAAGAGAAUCAAAAUAUUUUGCCGAAAAUGAACGCUAUAGAAAUCAAAUUAUCGACAUGUUGUAUAAUAGAGCUCUUUUUAAUAAAUAUUGGAAGAAAAUUUUGAGUCGUCUAAAUCAUGAUAAAAAAUAUUUAAUUGAUUUGAUUGAAAAUGCAAUGCAAUCAUUUGAUGGUGCCAUCGAUAUUUAUACAAAAUUUAAUAGUGUCCAUAAGAAAGAAGCACGUGAAAUGGAAUUAAGGAAACAAGAAAUGCAAGGGAUUUUACAAAAAAUAACACAAAAUCAAAAUAAACAUGCUUUUUUUAUGUGUAAAGCUAAAAGUAGAAAUUUAGAUGAUUUAGAGCCACGAGAAUAUAAGAGACGUCAUAUUGUUCGAAAAAUUCAUCAGAAUAAAAAGCAUAUUUAUGAGAAAGUUCUUGAACGUGUUCUAUCGUUCUCUGGUGUUGAAAGUAUUGACCAAGUUAUUGAAAAUUUUAAAAAACAGCAAUCACUUUACAAUUCAUAUAUAAAUUAUGCAAAUGGUUUAACAUACAAUAUGUCGAAUCUUAAUAGUUAUAUUGAAGAAUUACGAAAAAAUAUUAUAAAUUUUAACGAUUGCAACGUAAAACGUUUAAGUGAACAACAACAAAUUAUUAAAGUAUUAAAAUUACGUUUACAAAAUGAAAAACAAAAGACUUCAGAAAAAUAUGAAAAACGUAAGAAUAUGGAAACGAAAUUAGAAAAUUUAUUUUCUAAUUUUUAUACAAUUUUCAAUUUAAUGAAAUGUGAUCCAUCACCAAUGGCAUUAAUUUUGGGUGAUCAUAGCAAUAUAACAAUUUAUAAUGUUAAAACUUUCUUAAAAAUCUUGGAGACACGAAUUAAUAAUGUUUUAGCUUAUUUAUAUCUUACAAAAAAAGGUAAAAAUGUAAUUGUCAAAGGUAUAACAAGAGAAUAUACUGAACCAACACCGCUUGAUGAUAUUAUACCAGUGAAUCAAUGUCCAGAAUGCGCUGAAAAUGAAGAUUUUAAUAUAACAUAUGGUGCAAAAAUUGUAAAACCAAUUGAUGAAGCAAAAGCUAUACAGAAAUUAAUUGAAAAAGUACCACAACCCGAAAUGCAAUUAAGAUUACAUAAUCUUAGUCAAUGUAAAUUACCGAGAUCAAAAAUGUUGGCUAAUAAAAAGUAUUAA